AUGUCUUCCGCAAUUCCCCCCAGGCCCAAGGCUUUGGCUCAGAUUCAGACUUCUGAAUCAGACUCAAGUCGUGGUCCUUCACCUCAGCCCACUCACGUCAGUGUUCCCCAGGUUCCUCACAGCUUGAGGAAUGGACACCGAGUUCUGCGCUCUGCCACAGUCGGCUACGUUGCCCCCCAGUUCGAGGGCAAGACGGAGCAGAUCAAGUCCGUCAAGGCCAUCAUCCAGCAGGGCGGCUGGCUCCCCGAUGCCUUGAUUGACGAGCAGAUUGAGUGGUUCUACGAGAAGCUGGGCAUCGACGAUGUCUACUUCCACAUCGAGACCCCCGAUGUCAUUGCCAACCAAAUCACCUCGCUCUACGCCGCCAAGGUUGCUGCCCACUCAAGAGAGGACAAGCAGGAGGAGAUCCGCCUGGACAUGGAGGCCCAUGACCACGCCAUCUACAUCGACACGAGCGAGCCUGGCAAGGCCCACGUCGGCGGCCCUAGGUACGAGUCUCGUCUCGAGUCCAAGUAUUUGGAUCACCAGGGCAAGAGCAAGUACCGCGUCGAGACCUUCCGAUCGCCUGCUGCUAUUGGCGCCAGCCCCAGCUCAAAGGCCACUCUGCGCUGCUACUUUGUGUACCAGUGCCACUUCAAGCAGAGCCCCGAGUCUACCGACCCCAAGGAGACCAGAAUCGAGGUCAUCUCCGACGUUGGUUUCUGGCAAAAGGCCACCGCCAACACCAAGCAGAUCUACCAGGAGAUCAUCGAGCUGGCCGUUACCCGAGCUGGCCCCGUCAUUGAGGUCUUUGACAUUGAGGGCUCGGCCGAGAGGCGUCUGGUUGUUGCUUUCCGCAGCCGCACUGCCCGCGGCAUCUUCUCGACUCUCAGUGACCUGUACCACCACUACGGCGUCACCUCCUCGCGAAAGUAUGUGGAGCAGUUCUCCAACGGCAUCACCGUCAUGUCCGUCUACCUCCGCCCCGCCGCCAACCUGGAGGGCUACUUCCCCUCGAUCGAUGCUUCCAUCCACCAGAUCACAAAGGAAAUCUCCCUGCUAUACUGCUUGCCCCAGAACAAGUUCCACCACCUCUUUGCCGCUGGUGAAUUGAGUCUGCAGGAGUCCGUCUAUGCCCACAGCGCCUGGGUGUUUGUCCAGCACUUUUUGAACCGUCUCGGCCCCGAGUACGCUUCUCUCUCUGAGAUCCUGGACGCCAAGCAGAACGCCCACGCGGCUCUGCUGUCCAAGCUCAAGCGACGUCUUCGUACCGAGACCUUCACCCCCGACUACAUUGUCGAGAUCAUCCAGACGUACCCCGAGCUGAUCCGCCUGCUCUAUGCUGCCUUUGCCAACGUGCACUUCCCCGCGCCUCUGCAGCAGGAGAACGGCGCUGUUCUGGCCACCCCCGCCGUCGAGGUCAUGUCUGACGACAAGCUCCGAGACAGAAUCUCCAAGACGGUCGCCAACGAGCACGACGAGAUGGUCAUGACUGCCUUCCGCGUGUUCAACAACGCCAUCCUCAAGACCAACUACUUCACCCCCACCAAGGUCGCCCUCAGCUUCCGCUUGGACCCCUCUUUCCUGCCAGAGGCCGAGUACCCCAAGCCCCUGUACGGUAUGUUCUUGGUCAUUGGUGCCGAGUCUCGUGGCUUCCACCUCCGUUUCCGAGACAUUUCUCGUGGUGGUAUCCGUAUCGUCAAGUCGCGCAGCAAGGAGGCCUAUGGCAUCAACGCGCGUAACCUCUUUGACGAGAACUACGGCCUUGCCAGCACCCAGCAGCGCAAGAACAAGGAUAUCCCCGAGGGUGGAUCCAAGGGUGUCAUUCUCCUGGACCCCAAGCAGCAGGACAAGGCCACCGAGGCGUUUGAAAAGUACAUUGAUAGUAUCCUCGAUCUCCUCCUGCCCGCAGAGACCCCUGGAAUCAAGAAUCCCAUUAUCGAUCUGUAUGGAAAGGAGGAGAUCCUGUUCAUGGGUCCCGACGAGAACACCGCCGACCUGGUCAACUGGGCCACCGAGCACGCCAAGGCUCGUGGUGCUCCCUGGUGGAAGUCUUUCUUCACCGGCAAGUCCCCCAAGCUUGGUGGUAUCCCCCACGACAAGUAUGGCAUGACUACCCUGUCUGUGCGCGAGUACGUCAAGGGCAUCUACCGCAAGCUCGACCUGGACCCCUCUCAGGUCCGGAAGAUGCAGACCGGUGGUCCCGACGGCGACUUGGGCAGCAACGAAAUCCUACUCAGCAACGAAAAGUACACUGCUGUCGUCGACGGCUCUGGUGUGCUGGCAGACCCCAACGGUCUGGACAAGGACGAGCUUAUUCGCCUGGCCAAGAAGCGAGCCAUGAUUAUCGAGUACGACUUGUCCAAGCUGUCCAAGGACGGAUACCGCGUUCUCUGCGACGAGAACAACGUCACCCUGCCCAGCGGAGAGGUCGUCAACAACGGCACGUCUUUCCGCAACACAUACCACCUGCGCGAGACCGAUAUGACGGACAGCUUUGUGCCCUGUGGUGGCCGGCCCGAGUCCAUUGAUCUCAUCUCUGUCAACCGCCUCAUCAAGGACGGCAAGAGCGUCAUCCCCUACAUUGUCGAGGGUGCCAACCUGUUCAUCACCCAGGACGCUAAGCUGCGCCUGGAGGCUGCCGGCUGCAUUCUCUACAAGGAUGCCUCUGCCAACAAGGGAGGUGUCACCUCCUCGUCUCUGGAAGUCCUGGCCUCUCUGUCCUUUGACACUGACGGCUUCAUCGAGCACAUGUGCGUCGAUGCCAAGACUGGACAGGCACCCCAGUUCUACAACGACUACGUCCGAGAGGUCCAGACCAAGAUCCAGGAGAACGCUCGACUCGAGUUUGAGGCCAUCUGGCGCGAGCACGAGCAGACUGGCAUUCCCCGAUCCGUUCUGUCUGACAAGCUGUCGGUGGCCAUUACCGACCUUGACGAGAAGCUGCAGCACUCUGACCUGUGGGAAAACGAGAACAUCCGCAAGGGUGUUUUGAAGAACGCCCUCCCCAAGCUUCUGCUGGACAAGAUUGGCCUGGAGACGAUCAUCUCCCGCGUGCCAGAGAACUACCUGCGCGCCAUCUUUGGCAGCUACCUGGCCAGCCGAUUCGUCUACGAGUUUGGUAGCCAGCCCAGCCAGUUUGCUUUCUUUGAUUUGUAA